AUGAUCGUCAACUCAAGCUCGCAGUUCUCCAAGUUGGUCAAGAGAAACGUCUCCGUUUGUCAAGUGUCUGAGCUCGAAGCUCGACCGCCUGAAGCCGUUCCUCGCUUGGAACAUCGCGGGAGCAGGAAACAACCGAAAGAAUAUGCGUGUAUUCUCGAGGUGGCAGAGGCGAGUUGCAAUCCCCUCAUCCAACUCUCCUCCAGAAUCCCCGAGACCCUCUCGUUCCUCCCCAACGUCGCAGCUCGACAGCUCGACGUGACAUCCGACGGGUCUGUUGCUGACGCUCUGAGAGCCGUGAGCGCGUUACACCGGUGUGCCGAUGCCGCUGACGGCGCCAAUGCUGAUCCUGGUGCAGGCCCCGGAUUAGACAUCCUUGUGAACAGUGCAGGCAUCGUGUAUACAACGCCCCUGCUACACGCGGCAAUCGAUAAAGCAAGAGACAUCUACAAGACGAAUGUUUGGGGCAUGCUCAGGAUGGUGCAGGGGUUUUUGGGUCCGCUUGUUGCCCGCAAAGGGAGGGGCAUCAAUGGUUUGUAUCAGGGCCCGUGGAUACUGGAACUGGCUGGACUGGGAACUGCAUUGACACUUCUCAACCCCAUCAAAUCAGGCGAUUACACAUCCUCCAAAUCCGCCUUGACCCUCCUAACCGAGACGCUCCGCCUUGAACUCUUCCCACUCAACGUCUCCACGCUCUCGCUCAUGCUCGGCAUAAUUGGUCCUCUUUCCGUGCCAGCGAGCCUGCCUUCACACUCCCCGGAUUCGCGGUACACCGCUAUCCGCGACACGAUUGAGCCGUAG